AAAUACCUUUUCUUUCCUGUUUUCGCGCUCACAGCAAGUGUAUUGACAUUGAGUGUGUUAAUUGAUUAAGUUGUAAUUAAAAAGUGUAAAGUGCUUUGAAUUAAAACAAUUUUAUCUAUAACAUACCAAAUUUGGAACUUGAAUUUGAGGUUAUCUUCUUUUCAUGCGCAGUUAAAAGUAGUUCUGGCUGACCGACAAAAAAUUGUGUACGUAUUCGCGCGUAAACGACGAAAUAUUUUGGAUUUUAGCAGUAUUUUCUUGUUGAAAAUAAAUGUGUAAAGUGGGAGAGACAGGAAUUAAUCGUGAUUGUAUUGUUUUUUGGUAGUAUUCUGUGUGGAUUCCCGCCUUUUGUAGGCGUUGUCAAGAGCUUAAUGGUGGCUAGUGAUCCGAAUUUGUUUUCCCUUUAAGAAGCAUUUUGUAAUUGCUGGGAAAUCAUGGUGUUAUCAAACGAAGCGGAGCUGGAAGAAAAACACUUAGAACUAUGCAACAAAUUACACCUGAGUCAACAAAUCUCCCGAGACGCCUGGGAACGAUUUGAAACAAUCAACAAGAAUUUCACUUUGGAGGGGGAGCCCCUUCAUUGGAUAGGUUGUGCAAUAUACGUAUCAUGUUGGAAAUCCAUUGCUGCAACAGCUGCACAAAACAGUGUUCACACUAAUUGCGUUAAUUUGACCAAUCUUCUGCGUCACUGCAAUUUAAGCAUAGCACAGUUCUUUUACAAAAUCAAACAAUGGUCUGACAUGGCCAGCAUGCCCGAAGAGUUUAAAAAGCGGAUUGAGUAUCUGGAAGGGAGCUUUGCUGUUGCUUACAAUGUUUUUAAAGAAUAUCAGCCUCUAUUUAUGCAAAUAUUCGUAGCUCCUAGAGCUCAAGAAGCACAUGAAUUAGAGACAAACAAACACAGAAACCGGAAAAAUAAACCUGUGCCUUCUUCUCCACUGAAAGUAUUCGAGUUUUGUUGGACUUUGUUUAUUACAAUAAAAAGUGAAGAUACAAAUUAUAACAAUGAUUUAGUCACUUCAUGUCAUUUGCUUAUUGCAAUUUGUGAUUGGGCCUUCAAAAAUGCGCUUCAAGCUAAUCGUAAAGAUCUUCUGAAUCCUGAUUUUAAAGGUCUUCCUGAAGACUUUAACCAACCCAGCUAUAUACCGCCUUCAGAGGCUCCUUGCGUUGUCAGUAUCUUGUGUCCAAGCCCAGACAUAAUUACUGACUUGAAAUACAUAAAAGAAUAUCAGUUUAAGAAAUCAAUUAAGAACUAUUUAGAUCAAGGAGUUUUAAUUGAGACUGACCAAGGUGAUAUUCUUGAUUCUUCAGUCUUCGACCAUAAUUACAAGAACAUUGGGACAGUUUAUGAGAAAAAUAUCUUGAAUAAGAGCGAUUUCGAUGAGCGAAUUUUUCUAGCUGAGUACAAAAGAAAACUAUUGGUGCGAGACCCGAGUUUAUCUCAAAAUGCAGCUGACAACACUUCAAGUCCAGAGUUAUCUAAAGACAUGGUUGUCAGCAAAGAAUGUUUGACACCUCUCACAGGGCGGAAAUAUUUGGGUCCAAAAGAAUCACAAGACUCGACCUCACAUGUGACAGCCACUGAGAGCAUUUCACGGCUUAAUAAUUUACUUCAUGGUCGCCAACCAGCCCCCAGUGAGGCUUUAGUGCAAUUGUUUGAGUCUUGUGCUCGCAAUCCAACUGAGAGAAUCAAUCAAAUUGUUACAAAUCUGGGUGAGAGGUUUUUGGAAGCCCUUCCAACUGACCAAAGAGAAGUAUCACAAAGAAGACUACAGCUUGCUACAACAUUGUUUUAUAAGUUUAUUGAAAGUAUUCUGCAGAAUGAACGCUCAAUACAUGCUGACAUAUCAGCCAUUGUCGAAAAAGACGUAUUUUAUGAGUGUAUGUUUGCUUGUUGUUUAGAAAUAGUUAUUUAUUCAUACAAUAGUGAGCAAAUGUUUCCCUGGAUAUUGGAGUCACUGCAAAUACAACCCUACAAUUUUGUUAAAGUAAUUGAACUCAUCAUUCGCUCAAGAGACAAGCUUUCAAGGGAUACCAUCAAACACCUAAAUAUGAUUGAAGAGACAAUUCUGUCGUCACUUGUGUGGAAAUCAGACAGUUUAAUUUGGGAAGCAAUUACUUCGUCCGACAGAGAAAUUCCUAAAUUUGAAGAAACAGCUUUACCAGGGCAUAUGCAAAAUGAACCAAGUUCUGAAAAUUCGACCUUGAGAAGCAUUCUAAAUUCCGAUCCAAGACAAAUUCUGUCGCCUGGCCCUUCUGCAACAGACAGAUUUCAGUCGCCUGUGGCACAUAGCAGUGCUGUGAAUAGAGAAUUGUUUCCUACAGUUCAGUCAGGUCAAUCUUUGUUGCAGACGACUCAUUUGAUGAUCAAGGAUCGUACUGGGAAUACUCGUAUGAUUCCUAUCGUAAAUAGUGAAACGCAAAAGAGUACCCCAGUACCAGUUCAACAAACCACUCCAAGACGCCAAGAGAAUGUAACUCAAGCCAGGCCUAGAAGAACAGGAGGUGUGUCAAUAGUAUUCAGGAAAUUCUACAAUUUAUCGGGAGAAAGGAUGGAACAUCUGUGCACGCAUUUGAAAAUUACAUACACGGACACAAAACGUAAAAUAUGGACUGUAUUUGAAGAAUUGGUUCGCAAAAAUCACUGUGAACUGAUGAAGGAUCGGAAUUUAGAUCAGCUGUUAAUGUGUGCCGUUUAUAUGAUAUGCAAAUUAACUAAAUUGAAUAAAAGCUUCGCGGAGAUCAUAAAGAGUUAUAGAAGCCAGCCUCAGGCUGACAGUGACAUUUAUCGAAAUGUUUUAAUCAGCAGUAAAAAAGUUGUUGAUGGCGACAAGACCGAGAUUCUGGAAGAAAGAGGAGACUUAAUACAUUUUUAUAACAAAGUGAUUAUUCAGGCAAUGAAAAAAUUUGCGCAAAAAUUUGUGGUUAAAGGCGAAGAAAACAACGGGGAUAUACUUCUAAGUCCGCUUCCGGCAUCUAGAGGUCAAGUGGUCCAAGUGUUUGAUAACAUCUUUAUCAAGCCUUUAGAAAGUCCAACUCUGACUUUCGGUAAUGGCAAAGUCUUAAACUAUUACUUCAGCCGUAGCCCUUCUAAGGAUUUAAAAGACAUUAAUAAAGCGAUCAAGGGUAAUGGUGUGACGGGGAAACGAUUGUUAGUGGAAGGUGAAAAUGAUUUACCUGACUCGAAACGACUCGCAAAGAGAAAAGUUCAGUCUUUGAUUGAAGAAAGAAGAAAUCAAAACACUGAAUGAAGUUUCAAUUAGCUUUUAACGUUUAUUAUGUAUAAAGUUUAAUUCUAGUAUAAUUCAAACUUUUUUUAUUAUUAAAAUUAUUAAUUAUCGAUUUUGGUAUCAGUGUGAUACCAAAAUGAUUGGAAUUUUUUGUGCUGUUGUGAUAAAUUGUAAAUUUUCCUAGAAUGGAAAAAUGUACUGAAACACGUAAAAUAAUUUACUUCAGCUUUUCAUUUUAAUUAAUUUUAAUUAAAUUACGUGAAAGUUUUAUUCUGUGUUUGUCUCUACUUCAAUCAGUAAGAAACAUCUUCAUUAAGUUGAUGGGGCAAUUAAUACGUUGUAAGAAGUGAAGUUCACUUCUAUUUUAAAUAAAUUGACAAAACUCAGAUGA